AUGGCAGUGGGAGGUGAAACAAAAUCAUCUCAUGCUUGCUUGGCUCUGACAAAGAUAAUCACAAAGUACAUUACAUACCUCUUCUGGCCUACUCCUGUGGUCAACACCAAUCCUAAUUAUGCGCUUAGUGAGCCCUCUGGCUGGGAAGAAAGACAGCCAUUCAUCAACGCCCUUCAAACCUCAAACCUCACCGAAAAACACUGUGGGGCUGCUGUUAUCACAUACUUGAACAAGACAGACGAUUACCUGUCUCCCCAAGAGACUAAGGAGCUGGCCGUUUUGCUUGAGGAUCGAGACAGGUUUGUCACUCAUAAGGAACUGUUGAUCAGGCAGAACAAAGCCCCAAACAAGAGCAUAGUCUCGAGACGGGGGAUCCUUGAGAUCCUUGCCAUUGAGCAGCGCGUUAUCUUCAGCGGUAUGGCGUGCGAGCAGGCAAGGGCGCUUGUGCGCUCUGUUUCCUCUUCAUAA